AUGGUGGAAGAAGAAAAUCCUUUCUUUAAUCGAUAUAGAACACGUGAUCAGGAUGAUGAUGAUGAGGAAAUAUCUGAGGAAACAAUCAAAGAAGCACAACAAGAUCCCAGGUUUGGUAAAUUCAUGGAAAAAGGUACUCUAGUUGAUGAAUCUAAUGACAAAGAUAUCCUACAAUGGCUCUGCAAAGAUAAAGAUGAAUCUAAAGAAGAGGCCUCAAAUGUCAAGUUACUAACAGAUCAAUAUGGUAAUGGAUUCGAGAUAAUGCAAAAGAUGGGGUAUGAUGGAAAAGGUCCUAUUGGCAAAAUAAAGGAAGGCAUUGUGGAACCAAUACAACCUACAUCCUCCAAUACAAGAGAAAAGACAGGAUUAGGAUACAAUAAAAAGAUGAAAGAAGAAGUCACUCAAAACCUCUAUGAACAAAUCCACAGAUUGCAAGGCAGUUCUAAAACAGACUCAAAUGAAUGGGAAUGGGAUUCACCUUUUGAAUGGCCCUUUGAAGAUAAAUAUAUUGAUGUGAUACAAACAUAUGGACUUGUACUCUAUUAA